AAUUUAUAAAUUCUGACAUCAUUGGCUCCUCUCAUCUCUCUCUUUCCUUUCUUUUCUUCUUCCCUCUUUCACCAAAUUUUCCUCAUAACUUUUUCACCUCUUUCAAUUCCUCUGUUUCAUUUCCCCCAUUGCCACGAAAUCUAGGGUUUUCUCCUCGCCAACGCACUCUCAGGUGGCAUGUGUGGUGGUGCUUUGAAUUUCGAUUUGAUUAGGGAAACCCUUUUUCUGAUUUCCCCCCAUUUCCCCAUGGGAUUCACCCUCAGAUUGUGGUUCCCUUUUUUCUUUUUCUUUUUCCUUUUCCUUUUCGGUUUCCGAGAGAUUCAAAUGGUGCUGCUGGUUUAGCAACUACUGGGUUCUAUUUAUUUAGUCUUUAAGGAAAAAAAAAUGGAGUGUGUUUGAGGUGCAUUUGAUUCAGGGAUAUAGGUAGUGGUGAGAACAAGGGUGGGUGGGGAAUUCUGUUAGGAUGACAGAUAUUCAGCCGCUACAGCAGAAGCCUGAACCUGCUGAUGCCCACGCCGAAUUUGAGCGCGGGCUGGAGGAGUUUAUGCGCGGCCACUUGGAUGAUUGUAUGUCGUUUGCUUCGUGUAGCUCGUCUCGUGUGCAUGAUGAUGAGGAUGAUGAGGGUGAUCAGCUUGUUCGGAGGAGACGGAGGUCUGAUCUUGAAGGGGAUGAUUUAGCGGAGUCGUCAGCAGCGCGGAGGCGCCAUUCGCGGAUUUUGAGCAGGUGGGCUGCCAGGCAGGCGCAGGAGAUGAUAACUACCAUUGAGAGGAGGAAUCGAGAGUCUGAGUUAAUGGCACUUGCAGGGUUACAUACGGUGUCCAUGUUGGACUCCUCUUUUUUGAGAGGAUCACAGUCUCCUACUUCUGGCCAGGAGGGUGCUGUGGAGAGGCCAAGCACCCAGGCAUCUGCUAUUUUGCAAAUGUGGCGUGAAUUGGAGGAUGAACAUGUGAUAAAUCGGGCACGUGAAAGGGUGAGGGAACGGUUGCGACAGCAAAGGAGUUCUGACUCUAAUGCCAAUGUUUCGAGUACUAUGUCUGACAGUCGAGGCAGUGAGAAUCAAGGGAGUUUGGGGGAUGCAAGUGAAAGCGAAAAUGAUUAUGGUACUUGGUCGCAUGAUCAGAUUGGAUCACGGAAUGGACAUGGGAAUCAUAAUGGGUCUAGCAGGGAGCAAUCUCCUGAUCUCGGCGAAGUUGAGAGGGAGAGAGUUAGACAGAUUGUUCGGGGAUGGAUGGAAAGUGGUAUUAGUGAUCAUUCAUCUAAUGUGAGUCAGAGAAACAAUAAUCGCAGAGCAGAAUGGCUUGGAGAAACUGAGCGAGAGAGGGUAAGAAUUGUCAGGGAAUGGGUGCAAAUGACCAGUCAGCAGAGAGGAUCACGUGGGAGCCGGAGGGAUGCUCAAGUAAGUGAACCUGCUCAACAUGAUCGAGCCCGUGAUGGGGUAGCUGAUCAUGAUGAUGGUCAGCCAGAGCAUGUUCGGCGGGACAUGUUGAGGUUACGGGGAAGACAGGCUCUAGUUGAUUUGCUUGUGAGGGUAGAAAGGGAAAGACAAAGAGAGCUGCAGGGCUUGUUGGAGCAUCGAGCUGUUUCUGAUUUUGCUCAUCGCAACCGUAUUCAGUCAUUGCUCAGAGGUAGGUUCCUCCGAAAUGAAAGACCUGUUGAAGAUGAGAGGCCUCCGUCUGGGGCUGCAAGUGAAUUAGUUCAGUUAAGACAACGGCACACAGUCUCUGGUAUAAGGGAGGGGUUUCGUUCAAGAUUAGAAAAUAUUGUUCGUGGUCAAUCAGGCACCAGUCCUGAUACCACAUCAAAUAGUAACAUCGAUGAAACGAGAAACGAUGAAAACCAAACAAGCAAUCUGAUACGUGCUCAACAAGACAAUUAUGAAGAAGAGCAGAUUGGGAGCCUGGAAACUGAUGUGCGUGAGUUUCCUAAUCAAACGGGAACUACGGAUAGUAGCACAGGUGAAACUAUUACUUGGCAAGAGUCUAGUAAUCAAGGAGGGAAUUGGCAGGAACAAAUUGCUGAAGAUGGGGGAGGUAGCUGGCAGCAGAGAACUUAUGGUCAAUUCAAUCAGCCGAGAGACCGAAGGGCAGUUAGAGAUUGGCCAGUGGAAACUUCCAGAGAUCAAGCGGGCGAAGAUCCUCCUCAUCCACGUGAACCUCAAAGAGUUUGGCAUGAGGAUAGCACAAGGGAAGCUGUUGGUAAUUGGUCUGAAGGACCUUCCGGAGCUUCAAGGAAUCGCCGUGGUGUUCCCUUUAGAAGGUUCAAUAGAUUUCAUCCCCCUGAUGAUGACAAUGUGUACAGUAUGGAGCUUAGAGAACUUCUGAGCAGGAGAAGUGUUUCUAACCUUCUUCGCAGUGGUUUCCGUGAAAGUCUGGAUCAACUAAUACAGUCAUAUGUUGAAAGGCAAGGUCGUGCACCAAUUGACUGGGAUUUGCAUCGGAACUUGCCAACACCGACCCCUGCCUCACCUGAACGGGAACCUGAUCGGCAGGGUGAUGAACAUAAUGAGGGUCAGCAUGAAACCAUGAACAGACCUUCACUGGUGUUGCCUUCUCCUCCAGUACCUCCGCCACAACCACUUUGGCACCAAGAUUUGCAUCAAACUGGGUGGUCUCGUCAUAGCAUGCAUCGAUCUGAAAUGGAAUGGGAGAUAAUGAAUGAUUUAAGAUCAGAUAUGGCAAGACUUCAGCAAGGGAUGAAUCACAUGCAGAGGAUGUUGGAGGCCUGCAUGGACAUGCAACUGGAGUUGCAGCGUUCUGUAAGACAGGAGGUCUCUGCAGCUCUUAACCGCUCAGCUGGUGAAAAUGGAUCGGUUGCUGAGACAUCUGAUGAUGGGUCUAAAUGGGGGCAUGUGAAAAAAGGAACUUGCUGUGUUUGUUGUGAUAGCCAUAUUGAUUCGCUUUUGUACAGAUGCGGACACAUGUGCACGUGUUCAAAAUGUGCCAAUGAGUUAAUUCGUGGAGGCGGUAAGUGUCCUUUAUGCCGAGCACCAAUUGUUGAGGUGGUCCGAGCAUAUUCCAUACUGUAAAAAGGAAACUUCAGAGGACAUGGAAAAGGAGAAAAGAUCUUGAAGGAGUUAAUCUCAGUUCUUGAUGUCUCUAGGUUCUUAUUUAUGAGUGUUCAGUAGAUGCCUUUGUUUUUCUAAUUAUAUAUGGAACAUCACGAGUUGUAUAAUUGGAUUAGCAAAUGGCGCUGUUAAUUCAUCAUUCUUGCGUAAAUAAAUAGUUGGCCUGAUUAUUCUUUCCAAA